AUGCCCCAUUCUCGACAAGAAUCGUACGCCUCGUCCUUUGUGUCGUCCUCGGCGCUGGGACUGGGCAUCUCGAACCCGAGCUCCAAGUCGGGCGCUGCGAAAAACCCGGUCAAGAUAGGGCCCUGGAAGUUGGGCAAGACGCUCGGCAAGGGCUCUACCGGCCGCGUUUUGCUCGCAACUAACGUCCACACGGGCCAGAAGGCGGCUGUGAAAGUCGUUUCUAAGAGCAUGCUGGGCUCCGACGGCCGCGACGCGUCGCCGCCGGACGCCAGCCUCAGCUACGGCAUCGAGCGCGAAAUCAUCAUCAUGAAGCUGCUCAACCACAAAAACGUGCUCAGACUCUACGACGUGUGGGAAACAGACACCGCUUUAUACCUGGUGCUGGAAUACGUCGAAGGCGGCGAACUGUUCGACCUUCUGGUGGAGUCUGGCCCGCUGCCCGAAAACACGGCUGUGGAGUUUUUCAGACAAAUUAUUCUCGGAGCCUCGUACUGCCACAGCCUCGGCAUCUGCCACAGAGACCUCAAGCCCGAGAACCUGCUGCUGGACAAGCAGUAUAACGUCAAGAUCGCAGAUUUCGGCAUGGCCGCGCUCGAGUCCAGCGACCGCCUGCUCGAGACCUCGUGCGGGUCACCCCACUACGCGGCGCCCGAAAUCGUGAGCGGGCUGCAGUACCACGGCGCAGAGUCGGACGUGUGGUCCUGCGGCGUGAUCCUGUUUGCGCUGCUGACAGGAAGACUGCCGUUUGACGACGAGAACAUCCGCGAGCUGCUGCUCAAGGUGCAAAAGGGCAGCUACGAAAUCCACGAAGACCUGUCGCCCGAGGCACAGGACCUGAUCGCGCAGAUGCUCACAGUAGACCCAGAGGCGCGCAUCAAGACCAGAGACGUGCUCAAACACCCGCUCAUCACAAAGUACCCCUUCAACAAGCAGGACCACGAGGACUACCUCAACCUGCCGAACCCAAACUCGGCCACGCAGCCGGUGAGAUCACGUGACGAGAUCGACAGACAGAUCCUGGAAAACCUGGUGAUCCUGUGGCACGGGCGCGAGGCAGAGUCGAUUGUCGAGAGUCUGCUGAGCUCGGCGGCGAACCCGGAGAAGACGUUCUACUCGCUGCUG